AAAUGCAAUCAUUGCCUCGCAGCAAUUCGUCAACGAAGCAUCCCAAACAGGAGAACUACCAUUAAGGAUUACAAACACUCGAGAAGGGAUUACACAUAUAAAAAAAAAAAAAAAAAAAAAAACACCAUGUUUGUCCACCAAGUGCUCGUGAGCUGCCUGAUCCUGGUGGCUUUGACCCAAGCCCGUCCUCAGUACGGCUACGAACAGCCCAGUUCGGACAUCUUCAUCGGCGGUGGAUCGGCGCCCGUUGGUGGUGUGGGCAUCGGUGGCUCCUCCGGUGGCGGUCUGGUUAGCAUCCAGCCACACCGUGGUGGCGACAAGUACCUGCCGCCGGCCAGCACCACCCUGGCGCCCAUCAUCAACAAGAAAUUCUAUCUGGUUUCCGCACCCGAGGAUCACAGCAACGAUGGCAAGGUGAAGCAUCUGGUCUUGGGACGUCCGCAGAAGAACUACCGCGUGGUGUUCAUCAAGGCUCCAGCCGGCGAUAAUGCCAACGUGAAGUAUUCCGCCGAGUUUGCGCCACAGGAGGAGAAGACCGUCAUCUAUGUGCUCAGCAAGAAGGAUAACGAUGUGGACGCCAGCGAUAUUGCCACGCCCGCACCCACGCAGCCCAGCAAGCCGGAGGUGUUCUUCAUCAAGUACAAGACCGACGACGAGGCCAAGCAGGCGCAGCAGGAGAUCCAGGGCCAGUACGACAAGCUGGGAGGCACCAACGAGUAUCAGGAGGACAACAAUGCCCCCAUCACCUCGGUGAUCGGCAGCCUCGAUGGCCUGAAUCCCGAUGGUAGCUACAACUACCGCCAGAUCGCCAACCGUCCACCAGCAGUGGUGCCCAACUCGCAGUAUCUGCCCAGUUUGCUGAAGCACUAGAGGAUGUCGGUGCAUCAGUAGAUCAUCUCUCCAUCAUCUAAAUCAGAAAACAAAACACCCAUUCUCGAACCCUGUUGUGUUGUAUAUUCUUAAGAACGCCCUCAAUAUUUUUUUGUAUUUUUUUUUUUGUUAUAUCGAACCGUUGUUAAUAAAAAGCUUAUAUU